ACGAAAAAGUAAACAGGACUUAAUGAUGGCUGCGGACAGCGAUCCCGAGUCGGAAGUGUUUGAGAUCACGGAUUUCACCACCGCCUCGGAGUGGGAGAGGUUUGUGUCUAGAGUUGAAGAAGUGUUAAAUGACUGGAAGCUGAUCGGGAGCUUUGCGGGCAAGUCGUCCCCAGAGAAGGGUGAAUACACCAGUGGCACCUGGGAAGAAAAGUCUCAGGAAAUUAACUUUGCUGACUUCAAGUUCUCCAUAACUCACCACUACCUGAAGCAAGAGUCUGAUGAAAAUGAAGGGAAGGAGGAGCCUGAGGAAGAUGCCUUUCCUUUGGCUAUGCAGGACCUUCUGUGUAUGAACAAUGACUUCCCUUCGCGGGCCCACUGUGUGGUCAGAUGGUAUGGCAUACGGGAGUUUGUCGUCAUCUCACCUGGAGCUAACUGUGAGGCCAUCAUUAGUGAGUCCAAGUGCAACCUGCUUCUCAGCUCCAUUUCCAUUGCUGUUGCCAACAGCGGCUGCCAGGUGCCGAUGUUUGUGCAAAUCCAGCAGAAGUGGAGGCGGAUGUACGCAGGGGAGUGCCAGGGCCCCGGUGUGCGUACGGACUUUGAGAUGGUCCACCUCCGCAAGGUGCCCAGCCAAUACAACCACCUGUCUGGCCUCCUCGACAUCUUUAAAUCUAAGAUAGGCUGUCCCUUGACCCCUCUGCCCCCCAUCAACAUUGCCAUCCGCUUCACUUAUGUCCUUCAGGACUGGCAGCAGUACUCCUGGCCGCAGCAGCCUCCAGACUUUGACGCUCUUCUUGGAGGUGAGGUGGGAGGGGUAGAGUUUGGGAAGCUGCCAUUCGGAGCCUGCGAGGAUCCAAUCAGUGAGCUUCACCUUGCCACCACGUGGCCACAUCUGACGGAGGGCAUUGUCGUGGAUAAUGACGUCUACUCUGACCUGGACCCUCUCCAAGCCCCUCACUGGUCAGUCCGAGUCAGGAAAGCUGAAAAUCCCCAGUGCUUAUUGGGAGACUUCCUGAAUGAAUUUUUUAAACUGUGCUAUAGGAAAGAAUCAACUGAAGAGAUUCUUGGACGAGGACCAUCUGAGGAUGAGGGCAAAGAAAACAGUGACAUCAGCGCCGCUCUUUCCAAGCUGACGGAGCCGGCAGCGGUGCCCAUCCCAAAGCUGUCGGUCUCUAACAUGGUGCACAGCGCGCGCAAGCGUAUCCGACGCCACCGCCGUGUUGACGAAUCACCUCUCAGCAGUGACAUGCUCAACUCCAUCCUUCUGUAUCUCUUCCCAGAUGCUGCAGUGGAGAAGUCUUCUGAGAAUAGCGACAGCAAGACUCCACAGAUGAACACUAAUGGGAGAGGCGAGCAAGAUAAAGACUCUGACUAUAACCUGUUCAACCAGCUGAAGUCUGCUCCCAGUGACAGUCUGACCCACCGUCUGGCCCUGUGUGUGUGUCUGGUCAACUUCUACCAUGGAGGGGUGAGGGCCGUGGUCCAUCUUUGGCAGGAGUUUGUCCUGGAAAUGCGCUACCGUUGGGAGAACAACUACCUUAUCUACGGACUGGCAGGCGGCCCUCCUGACCUCCGCUGCUGUCUCCUACAUCAGAAACUCCAGAUGCUCAAUUGCUGCAUAGAGAGGAAGAGAGCAAGGGACGAGGCACGUAAAGCAGGGGAGGGCGGCAAGGAGAGGGAGCGCAAGGUGUCUGGUGGCUGCGAGAACGGCCGUCUGGGCCGUGAGGGCCCAGCCACGUCCGAGUCCACCAGGGAGGUGUCGCCGGGGAAAUCGUGGGACUCGUGGAGCGACAGCGAAGACGAGUUCUUCGAGUGCCUGAGCGACCAGGAGGAGAUGAAGGAGGCCCCACCAGCAGAUGGGGAAAAGGGUGGAGCCAAAGAUGUCAGUAGGGCUAAACCGGAGGGCAGGCUCCACCACCAUGGUGAGAUGACCCUGCUGAACUCCACAGAGCCUCUCUACAUCCCUGUCACACAGGAGCCUGCUCCCAUGACAGAGGAUCUCCUUGAGGAGCAGUCAGAGGUUCUGGCCAAACUGGGUACGUCUGCUGAGGGAGCCCACCUCCGCGCCCGCAUGCAGAGCGCCUGUCUGCUCUCAGACAUGGAAUCCUUUAAGGCAGCCAACCCCGGCUGUCUUCUAGAGGACUUUGUGCGCUGGUACUCGCCCAGGGACUACGUAGAGGAGGAGGCGGUGGAUGAGAAGGGCAACACGGUGCUGAGGGGUGAGCUCAGUGCAAGGAUGAAGAUCCCAGGAAACAUGUGGGUGGAGGCCUGGGAGACAGCCAGGUCCACGCCUGCCCGUCGCCAGAGGAGGCUGUUUGACGACACCAAGGAGGCUGAGAAGGUUCUGCACUACCUGGUGGUUCAGAAGCCAGCAGACCUGACCCGCCAUCUCCUGGCCUGCAUACUCCAUGCUGCUAUUCUGAAGCUGAAGGAGGAGGAGUCAGUGGAAGACAUUCCGUCGGUGAAGAAGGCCAUCCAGCAGGCUACGUCUCAUGCCAGCAAGCUGCUGCGCCACCCAAGCCCAGACUACAAGAAGCUGGAGGAUAUCAUUAACCAGCUGAUGGCUGUGGAGACGAUCAUCGCCCGCGCCCGCUCACUUAAAGCUAAAUUUGGUAUUGGCAAGGGCGAGAGGGCAGAGGAUACAGAAGACCUUGAGAAGUUCGUCAGCUCCUUGCUGGAGGAACCGGAGGUAGCAGUGAUAGGGGCUGGCCGCGGGCCGGCUGGCACCAUCAUCCACAAGCUGUUUGUCAGCGCUCAGAGGGCCGCCCUGCUGGCACCGCUGGAUGAAGAUUUGGGACGUGUGGGCGGAGCCGAGGACAGAAAACCGAUGGGAGGAGGCAUCAACCUGCCGGAUUUCCCCCCUCCAGCGGGGCGGGAGAUCCUGCUGCGCACUUGCGUCCCGCGGCCCGCGCCGUACUCCAAGGCCUUGCCCCAACGACUCUUCUGUGUGCUGAUGAGGGAGGAGUUCCGCCUGGCCGGGGCAUUUUCCUCAGACACCUCCUUUUUCUGAGACCCUCGAUCCACACACACACACACACACACUCACACACACGCACACAUCCCCUCCUCCCUCCUCCUCUGAGCUUGAAGGUGGGAAUGGCUGAAUGUGGGUAUGGGUGGUUAGGUGGCCGCCAGCCACGUGAGCAGCAGCAGUGGAGUUUAUCCGUUGUAGGUGGAGCCAUGGCUCUUCCACAGUCGGAAGCUGUGAACGACUCGGUUGUUGUUAUGUCGUUUUGACUGAGAAAUCUCCACCACGCAACAGCCUCGACCCACCUCAAGGUUGGCACUUGCCGGAAAGAGAAAAAAGACCAGAGACUAUAUGAUAAAUUGUGUUUUGUUUUGUUUUUUAAUCUCGUUUCUGAGGAUGAGAAAAAGAUUUAGUGGGUGUCAUCAUCCAUCUGCAGCAGCGUUGUCAGGACCCGAGCGUUUGACAUUUACUUGCAUCUAAACUUUUCACACAUCUCACAGAAAAUGUCUUUCCUUUUCUAGUUUACCUGUGUAUAUUUCCUAUGUCAAAACGACUUGUCUUGUAACUUAAUUUCGGCCCUUUCGUUGAUCUCUUUGUAUUCGCAGGGUAGACAGCGAUCAUUUCAGUACUGGCCAACACUUCAUAUACCCGAUGAAAUUGUACCCUUUUUCUGUUGUUCUGCUUUAAAAUUCCUGCACUUUAAAACCCGGGAAAUAUGAAACCGUGAGAAAUAACCAUGGCUUAAUGAAGAACAUACAACUGGAGUCCAUCACCAGAGUGAUAUUAACAUGUCAUAAUGCCAUUUAGCGAAUUCCCGUGCCAACCCAUUAUGUCGUAAGUGGGCUUUGCGGAUGCCCUGUUGUCGCUUGAGUGAUGGCAUUUGUUCGCUUGUUUCUUCCGGUGUUUGAUCGGCUCACGUACUCAUGCUCACCACACUUAUGCAGUCUUAAGUAACCAAAACUAGCAAGCAUUUUGCACAGGGGUGCUUGUUGAUGAAUAAAUACAAUCACCAAAUCUGUCCCGGUCCACAGAAAUGUUUAGAUUCCUAGUCAAAAGUGCAAUUACAUACUCAGUAUUGUAAAAAUGUAGCCUUACUAUAGCAGCAGUAAACCAGUGUCACUGAAAUUGUGCUUUCUAUGAGAUGUAAUUUUUUUCAAGUGCUAUUAAUUGCUAAUUGAGUCAGUCAUUGCAGGCAUUUUUGUCUUUGUUUGACUAAGGGAUGGGUGUGAUCUAUGGAAUUGGCUUCAGUCUGUAUAUGUUAAAUGUCGGUCCUAAAUGUCUUUGUUUAGUAUGGUUACAUGGGUAAUA